AAUUUGACUCAAUAGGAGGCGGUGAGCAUGUGAUCGUGUUUCCUGAGUAGGAUGUACUGUCACUUUCUGUUGGCCAAUCAAACACAGUCUUGUGAGUGAAAAAUGUAGAAGGGAUGAAGAUUGUUCUCAUUCAACACAAUCAUUUCAACACGAUGACAUCUGCAAAGUUUAUCUUCUACCUGACAUGUUUGAUCUUGGGGAAAAUAGUUCAGACGACCGACCUGGAUUCCUCCUCAUCUGUUCAUCAAGGGAAUAGUUUUCUAUCAGUUCAAACUGGGGGAAACUUGACGUUGACAUGUUUUCAUAAAGCCAGUUCAGCAGCAAGGCUUCACUGGUUUAAACACACUCUGGGACAGAAACCGAGGCUCAUCUCAUCCUACUCCAGGUUCACAAUACCUACAUUUUAUGCUGAAUUCAAGAAUCCACGAAUCACAGUGGAUAAAGAAAAUGAUCGGAAUCACUUGACGAUAAAAGAUCUGCAAAUGAAUGACUCAGCUACUUACUACUGUGUGAGCAGUAAUACACACAAAAUCAUUUUUUUAGCUACAACUACUGUCAGUGUACAGGGUUCUAGUUCAAACCUCCCAGCUUUGCUCCAUCAGUCACCAUCAGAGACCAUCCAGCCAGGAGGCUCUGUGACUCUGAACUGCACAGUACAAACUGGGACCUGUGAUGGACAACACAGUGUUUACUGGUUCAAAGACUCUGAAGAAUCUCAUCCAGGACUCAUUUACACUGAUGGAGGCAGCACUGAUCAGUGUGAGAGGAAAGCCAACACACAAACACAUACCUGUGACUACAACCUGCCGAUGGAGAGCCUGAAUCUGUCUCAUGCUGGAACCUACUACUGUGCUGUUGCCUCGUGUGGACACAUUCUGUUUGGAAACGGGACCAAACUGGAUAUUGAGGAUGAGGUGGACUCUCCUUUCGUCGUCUAUCUCUUAAGUGGCGCUUUGGUAUUCAGCAACAUCCUAGUUGUUUUACUGGCUCUUUCAGUGUGCAUGAUGAACAAGACAGACAGCUGCCAAAGCACAGGUAACUGUAGCUGUUUGUAUCUGGCAGCUGGGUUUCACUUAAUGCAGCUUUUUAAUUCAAGAGCUUUUUUUUUGUUUUUAAGAAUCUCAAGCAAGAUAUCCUGCUCCCUCCAGGGCAAAUGCAAAGCGUUACCAAAACAAAGAAAUCCUGUAUUAUGCAGCUUUAAGUGUCCACCUGCACAACGGAUCAAGAAGACAGACGGAUCAGACCUGGAGUGAAUGUAUUUACUACAGCGUGAAGCAGUAGAACUCCAAAUAUGGCAAUGUUUUCUCUUUUGAACUGUAAUGAAGGUUUGAUACAAGUCAAAAUAGAAGUCUAUUUUUUGGUAAUUUGCAAACAUUAUAAUUAUUUCUUCUGUUAGUUGUGAGAAGCAAACCAUCUAUCGUUUUUAUCAAUAAAUGUUUUCUACGUCUUAACUAAUAUAUUUAGAAGCUCAGAUCUGCAGUUUCAGACCAUCUGACACGGUUUGUGUUCAACCUCAUUGUUGUUUUCUAUAACCAAAUCAAAUUGGGGUAUUUGUGUGUGAAAUUAAUGUAAUCAAUGAUAAUAAAUAAACAGGAAAAGGAAGAAGCUUUUUUGUGACAUAAAACCCUGCUGCUGUAGAAGAUGAUCAGUUAAAACUGUGACAAUUACUGGACUAUUGAAGUUUUCUUUUAUCUCUUAUAAAAGUGAAUUCAUUUAACAGAAAGAAAGCACUAUAACAUAUUAAUACAAACCCAUUUUACACCCUCAACCUCUAG